GGGGGAGGAAUAAAGUCAAUUCAAUUCAAUUAAUGUUACGGGAUUUUGCUGCCUAACAGACAAAUUGCAGGGAUUAGAAAAACCCAGGCUCGUGUUUGUUUACGCAGUUGACAGGCCUAAUGCUAGCUGAGUUAGCACCACUGACCGAAGGAGGAGACCGUGGGCUAUAAAGGUCAGUAAUGCGUUGAAGCGACGAUGGACACCACGGACCACGUCACCGAGGGCGACCCUCUGAAGACGGGAGAGGAAGGAGCCGAGUCGGGGACAGAGCUGAAGAAGACGAAUUGGAAGGAAAAGUUGGGUGUGACCAAACUGACCCACUGGCGAACCGGGAUCUUCUUCUUCUCCCUGUUCCUCUGCCUCACCAUCGUGUUUGCCUUCUCCUUCGUCCUCCCCUGUCCUGUGCGACCGCAGUAUCUCAUCUCAUGGAACAGGUCUUUCCCUGACGCAGCGACCUACGACUUCUUAGCCAUUGAAGAUACGAGCGCCGACAAGGUCCUGGACGUCGUGUUUGCCCUCAAAACCACGGAAGCAACCGUGAACAACACGUGUGAUAAAGCGGGUCUGCCUUCGCCGUGUGUGUUUGUGAUGGCGGUGGACGGGACGGACGGAAAGACGCUGUGGGAGCGCGGACUGCAUCCCGAGUUCCACUGGGCCCAGUGUGGUCUGCAGGGAGACACGGGCAGAAGCUGGGACUGUCUGCUGUCCCACUCUGACACGAUCACGGCCGUGUUGAAACACAACGGUGACAUUAAGUGGCAGCAGCCUCAGCCUGCUGGUCUGCACACCACCGUGCCCGUGCUCAGUGUCCCAGACCUGGAUGGAGACAAGGUCGGUGAUGUGGCUCUGGUGGCGUCUGAUAAGACACAGACUAAGCUGGCGUUCCUCUCGGGGGAGACGGGAGUCCAGAUCGGCUCCACAGUGACACUGGACUCCACAGAGACGCAGAAACAUCUUCUCCAUCGCACCGCACAGGGUUCAUACUACGUGCUGCUCCAACAAGACUCCGGCUUGUACGGACUGGCUCUGUGGAGGAUCGCCGCCCAGGCUCAAGCAGGGAUGGAGCGCAACCUCAAGACGGACAAAGACUGGGAGAAGAGCGCCAGCGCGGUCUCCGGCCUCGUACCCAUCUACACGUCAGACCCGGUGAGACAAGUGUUGAGGACACAAGAGACAAGCGAUCGGUCCAACCUGCUGCUUGUGACAGCGAACGUGGUGACACUGAUCGACGGGAAAACUCUGCAGCAACUGUGGAGAUUCAAUACCAGCUCAGUCCUCAGUGAGCCUUCCUUUGGUCACUUCAACAAAGACGGUGUACUUGACGUCAUGGUGGAGGAGGAUGUCGGCAACCACACGAAGAAGAUCGUUAUCCUCGAUGGAACGUCUGGUGCCGCGCUGUGGGAACUCCAUCUCCUGGCCGCUCCGAACUCCCCGAGACCCGCCUCCAUCCACACCACCAACUUCGUCUCCAUCUUUGUUUUUUUCGGCGUCGUGCUCUCGGAGACAAACUCCACCGUCCCCCUCAUCGGUGACAGACGCUCUUACAUGCUGCACCCGCUCUACUCCCAAGUGCUUCUGGAGUCCGCCAACGUCGUGGACCACGUCGUGGCAUAUAAAGCGACAUUGUUGGAGCGCGGCCGCCACGCCGCCUACUUCUCACUGACGGGCCCGGCGGCGGAGGGCGACGGCGACACCGUGGUCCUCAGCAAGCGGAAGCUGAAGCAGGACGUCCCCGACAGCAGAGUGGUGCCCGUCGUCAGCGGAGGAAGCUCCGAGGCGGACGACGUCAUCAAAGAGGCCUUUAACCGCCUCCGCUUCAGCGACGAGUGAGAGGGACCAGUGACGCCGCUUCGGCGCUGCUGACCGUUGGGUGGCUGAACCCUCAAAUCCAUCAACCAAAAGUGCGUACACUAGCUAAGACUUUACUGCUGAAAAAAACAAAUUAUUCCUCUUUUUUUGUGUGUGUUUCUUCGCUGAACAAACGGGGGCAGUAUCUGCCUUCAGACUUCAGUGUCCAAGGAGCCACUUGUUCUGCGACAGUUGCUGAUGAUGAUGAUGAUGAUGAUGAUAAUGUUCUCCUCCUGCUGACGAAUCGAAGAAGAACCCGUGUUUUUGAAAUCUUUCAAUCGCACGCAUGCACCGAAGCGCCGCUCUACUGUCACUUACCACUGCGGAGGUUGUUUUUCGGGUCUGUUGCAGCCGUACGUCGCGCGACACGUCAGCACAGGCGCUAGCUGCUGUGUGCUUACAGAACUGUGAGCGAAACACCAUCGACCUUAAAGUUACAGGCACCAGUACGGACCAGGAACUGACACAUGGGUCACUUUAUGGCAAUUGAAUCUAUCUUUUAGAAUGUGUUUGCCUCUUCAUCUCACUCACAAACAGGAAAUGGAAACUCCAGUUUGCCUCAUCCUAAACGGCUCACUCGCUCCCGCACCAAAGUCCAUAGAGAAAAUUGGUGAUUUUACAUCACAACACACUGGAGUUGUUGCUCCACCGUCGCCUCCACUAGUCCGUUCAAAUCGGUCAUUUUGUAACUCGAGCGUUUGAAAUCCCCCGUUCAGGUUUACGUCAGCGACACACACUGGCCACACGGGGCAGCAGCGGGGCAGCAGCUCCUGUGUCCCUGCGAGCUAAAAACGAUGAUUUUCUCUAUGGAGUUUGGCACUGGAAAGUGCGUCGUUUACAAACAAUAGUCACUGAGGACAAAAAAAACAACAUUUUUAAGAUAUCGUGCACUUAAGACUGUACCUCAUACAAAUACACUUCAAAAAAACAGAUCUAUCCCUUUAAGUACACACGAGGAAUGUUAUAUUUUGUAUUAUCUACUUUAUUUGCUGUAGUGUUUGGAGACCGAUACUGUCGACAAUAACUGUUACUUAAUCCAAGAUGCUGUAACACUGAGUACAAUGAAUGCUGAGUCACCUUAUCAUACCGAGUCAUUGCUGUGGGUUUACAUCAGUGACAGUUCAUUGCUGUACAUUAAUGUAUUGAAUUCUAUUUUUGUUUCCUUCCUGACUUGAUUUGCUUGACUCUUAAGAAACAAUAAACGGUCAUUUUAAAAGAAA